AUAGUAUAUUUAAUAAAUUUUUCAGUUAAAUAAAAUAGUCUGUGAUGCGCAGGUUUAACCAGCAGCAUGAUCACAAAGUAACUUUACGAUUAUAUAUCGUUAAUCUUACUUCAACCAAAACUGUAUAUUUAGAAAUUGUACAUUGACAUAAUUACGUUUAGAUUUGUUUAUUAUAAAUAUGGAAGUAGUUAGAAGUGUAUGGAAAAAUCCCGUUUUGUUGUACAAAACCUUACUGCGGGCAUCAUCUAGAAAUAGCAGUUCAGCAUCAAAAGUAACAAAAAAAGAUGUUUCUGUGCGAGAUAAUGAUUUGCAAUUAUCAAAUGUAGAUGCAGAUAUAAUUGCACAAAAUGAUAUAACAUUUAAUGCUCUUGUGUCAACUGAAGAGUUGUUGUCACAAAUAGGAUUGGCAAGGGAAUUUGCAACAGAUAGCAAAGUUGAACAUCCUUAUGUUGAUAAAUUAAAAAGAGUUCAAAUGAUUUUGUUUGAUUUAAGUCAUGCUAUAUCAAAACCUAUACCUGGAAAGACUGAAGCAUUUGAAAGUAAACAUAUUAAUGAUUUGGAAGAAUGGAUAGCAGAAUAUGCCAAUCAACUACCUCCCCAGGAAACGUAUAUUAUUCCUGGUGGUGGUAAAGCUUGUUCUAUGUUACAUUCAGCAAAAGCAAUAUGCAAACGUGUAGAACGAAAUGUUGCAUUUUUAGUUCAGGAUGGUUUAUUAAAUAAAGAAGCACAAAUAUAUUUAAACAAAUUACAAAACUUCCUAUUAACAACCUCACGAAUUGCAGCCAAGUGUGAUCAACGUACAGAAAACAUAUAUAUUCCUAGAGUAGAAGUUGAAAAAAAUGAAGAAAAAUAAAUUAUAGAACUUAUAAAAAAAAAACUGUAGAUUAUUUCUUCUUUUAUUGUAAAAGUAUAAAAGUAUAUACGUACAUAAACAACCAAAUACUUCGUGCAAAAGUUCUGCAAUAUUAAUUUUUAAUAUAUUUUCAAAGUAGAUAAGUUGUAAAUAUUUUUUAAUGAAAUUAUAAAUGUCAGUUACUGAUUAUAUUGUAUUAUUACAUUAUCAAAUGUACAUAGUAAUUAAUACAUUAAGUAACGAUUUGUAAUAAAAAAUUAAAAGCACAGUACAGUCUCCAAAUACAAACAUUUUUUUAUGUAUUGUCACAUAAAGCGAUUAUAAUUAAUAGAAUAUAUUGUGUUAUUUUAUUAAAUAACUGGAUAAUUUCAUCGAAGUAGUACAUCUGUUAACAACUUUUUAUUAUAUUAUACAUACAUUAUACAUACAUAAUUUAUUGAAUAAAAAUUUAUUACUU